UGAAACAGCCGGCGGACACGGCCGGCGAGCGCUCAGCGCUGCACUCGCGUACACGUCUCCGCGUAAAAAUAAAGUCCAGCGCGCGUCUGCGCACUUCAACCCAUUUAUAAUUAUUAGUAAACCACGGCGCGGGCGCACGACUGCCGUGGCCGGGCGCGCUCGCGAAAAAGAAAAUAGGUUGGAUUCCAAACGCUUUAUUCGAAGUAUUACGAGAAUAACGAGCCCUUGCGCGACGUCGAACGAUUCGAAGCCCUAGUGAGUGUUUAUGUGUGACGUAGAACAAACUUUAACUCCUACGUAUUAGAUACCGGUGUCGUGUGGCGCGCGAGUUCGUGACAGAUUAAAAACAUUGACGUGUUUGUUUAUUAAGAUACCAGUGUAACUAUCAGUGAUAUCUUUAAUUUGAUUGCAUAGUAAUUAUGCCGGAACGGCCGAAAAGACGGAAAAAUAAAAAUAAACGUAAAAAUAAUAAAAGUUCAGCCACUGAUGUGAAUAAAAACAAUAUUGAAGAAUUGAAAAACGACGCCGUUGAAGAGCCGUGUUCUAGUGUUACUCAAAAUAUUUCAAAUGAUAAUGCGUUACAUAUUACAGAAGAAAACAUUGACAUAACAACGUCAUUAAAAUUAAAUGAUACCUCCAAAGAAUCUGACGCAACUGAUGUAGCAAAAUUAUCGGAAAAUACAAAUGAUGAAAAGGAAACUAUAUCAAAUACAUCAACAAUUAGCUCACAGAUUGAGAAAUCAAAUGAAGAGUUACUAUUGCCUUCUGAAAGUUGUUCUAUUUCAAAUGAAAAAAGAGAAGUAAACAAAGAGAAUCAAGAUAAACAGAAAAAUAAUAAUACAUUGGCAUCAUCUGAUGUGUUUUGUUCUUCAGAUAAAUUAUCAAAUAAUGAUAUUAAUAAUAAGAAUAAAACAGUUGAAGAUGUGAUUCAAACAUACAUAGUGGAAACACCAGAUCAAGUAACUACAACUAAGACCAAAUGUAAGUUAGAUAAUGCAGUGAAAAGUAAAAGUUGUGAUAAUGACGAUUCUCCAACUAUAGUUGAAAUUGUUGAUGAAUCUAAUGGUCAAAGUGAUCAUGACAAUAGUUUGUCAGUCAUAGACAAUAGCAAUAUUAUAAUUUCAGGUGAAGAAUCUGAUAUUGAAUGGGAAAAUGUUAACCACUUUAAUAUACCACAAACACAGCUUAUUAAAGGUAUCAUGUCAAGUGAUACAAUACCACUCAAUAUUGUUCACUGUGAACAAAUAAAAUCACUCAGUCCCCAAGAAGAGCUCUCAUUACGUAAUUACUUAAAAACAUUAAAUUUGUCAACAUGUCCAUCAAAUUUAGAUACCGGAGAUAUUAAAACCGAAAUCGAAGAAAUUAUAAACCGUGAAAUUAAAUAUAGAUUACGAAAAAAAGGAUUUACCGAUGAGACUACAUUAUUCCGACCGGGUCCCUCUAGAUCAUUAGCAGUUAUUGAUGAAGAAGGAAGUGGUGAUUCUUCCAAAACGUCUCGGCGUCAUUCAUACCUAAGUGAUAAAAAAAGCGAUAAUGAGGAACUAGAAGAUGACGUUUUUGAAUGUAAACCAAUAUGUCCGGUAAGGAAUCCUGACAUUAACGUAAAAUUCAAAAAAUCUGACAAACGUUCUAUACCACAACCAUGUUACCGUGUCGAUGCAAAACUCAAAGAACCUGAAAUAUCAGAAGCUCGAGGUGACUGGUCAAUGAAAACAAUUGAAAGAUUAAGUGGAGCUGAAUUAGUCUAUUUAACAGACUCAUCUAGUAGUACUAGUUCUAUAUACGAUUUGAAUGAUGAUGCGGAAAAGAGUGAAGAAACAGAUGCAUCUGUUCGUAUAAUAACACCAACAAUUGAGGUUACAGAUACUGAAUCCUUAUUGUCUAAUACGUUUUUAUCUAAUAAUACUGAUAAACAAGUCAUAAGUAAAUCUUGUGAAAAUGUCUGCAAAGCCAGUUCUGCUAACAUGACAAACACAGAAAACGAUAAAACUAAAGGGUUAGAUGAUAAAGACUUGGGUUUAAAUUUACAAAAUAACAGUCAUGAAAUUAUUAUUUUAAGUACUGAUAAUAUAAAAACUAAUUUAUUUGUAAAGGAUAUGAAUGAAACGCAACUUGCAAUAGAACCAGAAAAAAUAAAUGAAAGUGGAAAUAUUUCCGAUAAAAUUUCAACAAACUCUUCAAAACCCUUAAAAAAUACAGACACGUACGACCUUGAAAUCAAAGUGUUGAAAUGCGAACUUAAUAAUGCAAUCAAUAAUUUGAUCAAAGAAGUUAUAUCAGAUUCUGAAAACAAUAAGGAAAAUUUAAGUGAGACAUUUACACGUCAAGAUUCAUCUAGUAGCUUAGAUUCUUCUCAAUGUACAGCUAAAUAUAAUCCAACUCAUUCUUCCCUCAAUGAUGUUACAAAUAUAUUGCAAGAUGAUUCAUAUGAUAGCAAAAAUAAGGAUAUUCAAGAAAUAGAAGUUAUUUCUAGUCAUGUGAAAGAUGUACUUGAGUGUGUAAAUGAAAACCUACCUCUUAGAAAUGAGAAUAUACCGUAUAAAGAUUGUAAGAAACCAUCUAAACUUAGGGAUAUAUGUCUUAAAAAAAUAAGCUCUUUUCCAUUUGGUGACAAAAUUCUAGAAGAGCUGGCCCAUGUCUCCCUUCGUAUACAAAAUAUGAGUGCUUUGGCUUCCGAACGUAAUCAAACCGUUACCACCCAACCAUCAAAUAACGAUUAUUUAUAUGUAGAUCAAUACGAAGAAAGUAAGACAUUGGAACAUAAAAAAUUGCUAUGUCAUAAUAGUAGCAAUGCUCCUCCACCAAUAUUACCCAGAAAAUCUUCACUUAAAAUAAGCCAAGAAGACCCAUUAACUAAAUUAGUAAUUACAAGAACAGAACCCAAAUAUGAAUGUAUGUCACCAUCACAGAAAAUGUUAAUGGAAAAGACAAAUACCACAAUAGACAGAGAUUUUCAAAGUCAACCUAAUAUAAAUUUAGAACACAGUAAAAGCAAUGAAAAAAAAUAUAUACGAUCCAACAUUCUAAGUUCUUCACCACCAAUGAAAUCAGAAACUGGAAGUCGAUUGUUAGCUUUAUUACGAGACACGUCUGUCUCAAAUAAUUUCAAACCCCAAAAAUUGGAAGACAAUACAAAUACAAAUUAUUUACUAAAUAAGAAAUUUGAUUCACAAACAUUUUCAAAAAGACUUAUAGACGAAAUCGAUUCAACAAAUUUUACCAAAGAAACACAAUGUAAUAAAAAAAGUGUUUCUUCAAAUUUUUCAACUAAUAAUUUAAAACCCUUACCUCCUCCAAAGCCCACUAAGCUAAAAACAUAUUUUUAUGAGAGUGACGAAGGUUCAGAUUUUCGCGAAAACUCUUUCCAAACGAUGCGUAGUAGUAAAAAAUACUUUCACUACUCAACGGGUAAUUUAAGCAAAGAAAUAGAGGAUGAUAUAUCAUCAAUUCAGAAUAUGCACAGAUAUUGUACCAAUUUAAGAGAUCAAAGUUAUGAGUCAAGUCCAAGAAGACCUUCCUUACCUAAGGAUUUAUGUGAUCAACAAAUGGAAUAUAUUCGCCAAAAGGAAAAAGAAGUUGACGCAGAACUACGUCGUCUAGAACAUGAACAAAAUAAAUCAAUUAGGAGUAGAGGCCCUAGAGCUCCAAUGAUAUCCGACGAUAAUCACAUUAGCAUGAAAACUAAAAGUAACAGAAAUAAAGAUUUUAUGCCAAUAUCGCAAACACAUAAAAACACUGGAAAUGAUAAACUGUCUUCUUUAUUCAGUAGUAGUCAAGAAGAAUUACUUCGUGAAAAAAUGUAUUCCGAAUAUGUGAGCCAAAUGGCUGAGAGAGAACAAAGAAAACAGCAAAAAGUUAUCAAAGUCACUCAAACGCCUACUAAUAGUAACGUUACAUCGAAAAGCAUGCCUUUAUUGGAUCUUGAUUCAAAGGUGAACAAUCGCAUUGAACAAGAAUUUAUAUCAAAGGCUCGGGAACGAUGGUACAAAUUAGGUAUUACGGAUCCAGAGACUGAAGACGAAAGGGAUGCGCCUAGUGAUUUAUAUGUUGAACCAAAAGUGAUUGAACAUAAAAUUAAAGUGAUAGACGCUGGUGAAGAGAAGGAUGUUAAGAAAUUGCCUAGCCAUAUGCAGGAAUUUGUGAAGUUUACAGUGAAAGAUAAGGGUGAACAAUCUGGUAGUACUGAGACCGUGAUGAUUGCACCGACGUUCAAGGCGCGCUCUACCUCACCAGCAAUUUGGAGGCCAGGGGCACCGUCAGGGGGCGACGCCCCUACCGCCCCGAGCGCCCCAAGCCCGGGGGCUCCGCCGCCGCCUCCGCCGCCGCCCGUGUGGUCGCCGGGCAGCAACACCACAUCACCACAAACGCCGAGGAAGACCUUCCGCCCGGUACACUUCGAAGACACGCCUCCGCCACGACGAAAAUUUGAGAGUACAGAUCAGAACGGCUGCACCAGCGGCUCGGAGAGCGAGAGUCGUCUUCGGACGUCACACAGCGCACCGGUCACAGGGCUCAACUCCUUAGGAGCAUCAAGCCGCCUGCCUCGAGCUCAAAACCCUACGGUCACCUUACUACAGAAAGCCAGAGAAGGACAAAUUCCUCGCGCCCCCAGCAACAUCCCACCCAGAGAGGAAAACCCUCGACUUCCCCGAGAUCGGCCUUCACCUCCCAGAACAGAACAAGUGCAUGUAUUACGUAAAGACUACGCCAGCGAAAGUGAAGCGGAGAGGAGUGACUUUGAGAGGAGCACUCAUAGAAUGACGGACACUAAAAAGAAGAUUGAAGGAAUCGGACCCACUACCAAAGACGGCAUGCCAGUAACACUUAGAUCUGAAGUCAAGGACCCAUCAAAAUGGUACAAAAAAAUGUACGACACGAUUCACAAAAACAAAUAUGAUGAGGAUUAUGUGACUAUUCGAUACAAAAACCGUCGAGGAGAAACAUUACAAAGACCCAGCAGUAACCGAUCGCAGUAUGCUUACUUUGAUCCUCGCUCGGGAUACCUCAGUGAACCAGAAGGAGGGCUCAGCAGGCUGGCUUCCAGUACAUGGAGUGACGCAUACGACAGUGACGUCACUAGCGGUCCUAGAAGACGAACAGCGUCAGUUCAAGAAGACAGGAGGCAUGAUGAAGUGCCCGUGUACUUACCAAAUAAUAAAUAUAGCACAUUAGCGUCGGCGAGAGCCAGGCAAGAAGUCUAUAAAACCCAACCUGGAAGGAUAGAAAACUAUGUACCUGGAAGGUCGUCUGUCAUUGAUAAAGAAGCAAAACAGUGGUGGGACGAGGUCAUGGACAUUUUUGAUGGGUGGCUAGACGAGAACUCCCCUCUGCCUCCCUACUCCACAUUGCUCGCUCGCGCUAUACAGAAGAGUCAAAAUGAAUCAAAUGCAAUGUCACAGUCGCAGGCGUCGCCCAAAGAGAAAAAGGAUUUUACGUCUGCAAUUCUUUCAAAAUCUAAUAUGGCAAGAGCUCUGAAGGAGUCUGGCUACGAAUCAGAUUCGACACUAGUUUUCCGCCGCCGAGACGACACGGAGGCGCCACUUUCGCCGGCGGAAAGGCGCGCGGCAUACCGGGACCUGCAAGCCGGCGGCGAACCACCGCUCAGAGGGUUCCGUUCGCCAGCACCACCGAGACAAGACGAAUCGGAAAUUGAAUACAUUCCAAUAUCGUCAACGUUAACGAAAAUACGAGUACACAAAAAAACGCCGCAAAUGCACGAAGUGAUCUGCUUCCCUGUAACAAGCCUUAUGAAGGACAAUGAAGAUGAAGAGUAUAUGCAAUAUAGACGCACAUUGACUGAUCAUCCACCGAUACCUCCUAGACGAAUAUCUUCUAAAAAUAGUCGAACACUACAAUUAGUAACAUCAAGACAUUCCUCUCCGUCAACCAAAACGAUUACCCUCGAAAAAUCCAAUGUUGGAUAUCUUAAAGACAAAAUUUCUAAUAAAUUGAGUAGAGAAAAUACUCAUGUAAUAUUAAAAAAGGAUCAAAGUCAAAAGAGAAUCCUAUCAUCUUCGGCACCACCAGCAUUAAAUAGACAUAAAAUGAUAAGUGCUACAGCAAAUAUUAAACAAAAAACACCAUGUAACGGCAAAAAUAUUGGAACAAGUAGUUUUAGUUCUCCUAGAAGAACAAUUUUGCCCAUUAAUUAUCCUAGUACGGGUCGUAAGCAAGCAGAAAUUUCUUCCGUUGUGUUGGAGGGCGGCGCAGGGCGAAAGACGCCCAUAACCAAUAUAUUAGACAAAAUAACUACAUUAGAUAAACUGUGGGGCUCACAAAAAAGAAAUGAACGCAUCGAUAUUUCUAAAAUAAGACCAAAAAGUUUGCUAAGACAAGGAGAAAUACCAACAAGAGAUACUAUUGUAGGAUACAAACCGACAAAUUCCAAGUCUAUUGUGCCUGUCGUGACACAUAAAAGUAGAGAUAUGAUACGAACUUCAGAAAGAAUCCAAAAAUUGAAAAUCGCAAACAUUCAAGCAAAAUCUACUCCAUGCUUAACGAAAUCGGAAACUAGCAGUAAAUCUUUAAAAUCAAACUCUUUACAAGUAAUGUCCAGCAUGUCAAAAUCUUCUUCACAAAUUGCGCCAAUAUUGAAAAAGAGUAACCAAGUAAAGACUGCUUCGGUAGCAAACCUAAAAAAGAAAAAAUCCCUAGAAACGAUUACUUUAAAGCCUCGAAGUAUACAAUAUCAAGAACCAUCUACUAAAAAAAUAAAAGACUUGAGUAAAACCGUUAAAAAGGGACAAAAAAAUAAAAGUAUUUCGAAAAAAAAUCAGAAAGACACUCCCAACGAAGCUGACAAUCAGUUCGGAGAUGUUUUAGAUGACGAUUCAAAUCGGGUUAAGCUUUUUAAUAAGAAAGAUUCUAAAGAUAUUAAGAAAGCACAUGAUGCUGUUGUAUCCGACUCGUUCUUUCAACAUUUAUUCUUACGCAAGCAAUUUAAUUCAGUUAUGCCUCUUGUAGAACCAGAUUCAAUGAGUUCGGUACUUCAAAAAGCAAAAAUGUUUCAAUCUUUGCCAGAAAGCAAUUUGAGCUAUCCAAAUUCUUUGAAUACCUAUUUGAUUCACCGUAAACCAGUUUCUCUUUCACGAUUUAAAAUGUGGGAUAGACAACCAAGUCCUUUACAUGUUGAAAAUUCUAGGUCAAUUUCAUGGCCUGGUAAAAUGAACGGUAAUAUUCGGAAAUUUGAUAGUUUAUCCAAAUAUGAUAGUGAGUUUGGAUCUGCAUCAUCUUUAGCAACAGUACGAAGUAAAAGUGAACCACCAGCCAACAAGCUUUAUUUUUCACAAACGUCUCGACCUGUUUCACCUACCGUAAUAUUUCAUAAGAAAGAAGAGGUAGCAAGAACCACAUCGCCAGUCAAAUUCAAAUCACCGAAUAAAUUCGUUUUUCUUCAAUCCCCUCCAAAAAGCUUGAAAUCAUCAUCAUCUUACUUUGACAAAAGUAUUAAUUUAAGGCAUAAAACAAUUUCACCAACACGGGUUAUAUUUUCGGAGCCAGUACAAUCAAUAUCACCUUCAGAAAUAACUGAUGUUAGUGAUAAAUCUCGAGACAAAAUACACGGGACAAUUUUCUUUUCUCAAACAUCGAGACCUGUUUCACCUAAAGUUGUUAAUGAAACAUCUGCUAGUCGAAGUAAAUCUACCUCACCAGUUUCAAUAAGAUCCCCAUCGUAUCGCCGUAUAUAUAAUGCAAGAACUCAAACAAAGCUCGAAUCAAUGAAGAAGGAAUUUCGAACUCAAAGCGCGGAUAACGUUAAAAAAUACGAUAAAAUAAAUAAAAUAUCGUCAAGGGCCUGUAGUGAUUCUCACCUUUACAAAAAUGAUCCUGAUUACGACGAAUACAUUCGUGAGGAAAAAAGUUUAAAGAGAAGAUCUGAACGGUUUCGUGAACUUAAUCGCUACUAUGCUUAUUUAGAAAGAGUUGCAGAACUAGAAAAGGAAACAUCUAGUAGAAAUAUUUGCUACAGAAAAAAAGACGAGGAAAUUAUUGAUUUUGACCGUUGGAAAAAAAUUCGCACAAUCGAAAGAGCUGAAGAAGAGCUAAAUAAUUUAUAUUCGAAACUUAAGAAAGCGCAAAAUGAAAGUGAUAUCCUUUUUUAUCCACGGGAUGUUAAUGAUUUUAGAUGGGAUUAUAGUAGAGAAAGAGGACUAAGAGUAAAAGAGAAAUCUGUAGAAGAUCUAAAAGAAGAGUUACAACAAAAAACUGAAGAUCCUGAAGUAGACCAUUUUCACUGUAGAGAUAUGUACAAACCUCUCUGGCGUGGAACAAGUGUAGCCGAAACAGCUUUUACUAUAAAUACAAGAAAUAAAAUAAAAGAUAAAAGAAUUUUAAAUACUGAUAAACCUAAGAGUAAUCCACAGUCAGAUUCUUUAACAGAUUUACAAAAGAAAAUUGGGCUUGGAAAUCGUCUAUGGAGUAGUUUAUCAAUGGAGCAAGUAAGCGCACUUAAAAAUCAACUAAAUGCGAUAUAUAGUAAAGAAUUUGAAGCUAAGUCAAACAAAGAAAAUGAGAAAUAUACUAUUGAUGUAAAAGAUACAGUAUCGAAUAAAAAUCCUAAGCUCCACGUUCGAUGCAGCUCUUUAGUUACCCCUAGGACAAAAGAAAAAGAAACCGAACUUAAUAAAUCAAAAUCAAUUGCAGCUAUAAGCUAUCCUUUGGCUUCUGAAAAAGAGUUAAAGAAUAAUGUUAACAAAAUGCAAAUGUCUCUUACUGAAAACGAAAAGAAAAAAAUUUCACAAUCUCUUAGUAAAGAAGUUUUAAAUAGAAUCAACAAAUUUGAUACAACAGCACUUAGGCAAGUGAGUGAUAAUCUUGCUAUAAGUAUUGAUGAUGGUGAAAAUCAAGCAAAAAUUACAGAUGUAAAUACUAACACUAACACAAAUGCAAUUCUUCCUUUAGAAGACAAAAAUAGGUAUUUGAUUUACCCAGCACAAAAUCCUGAAAUAUUAAAUCAAUCAUCGGCAAGUGAAACUGAAACUGGAAGCUCAGAUAUAUCAGGCAAGACAGUAAUUUACAACGAGCCUAAAAAAGAAGUUCAAAAGAAAGUAGACUAUUUUGAAUCUGUUAAAAACGAAAUCAAUAAACCAAAAAAUAUAUAUCGCGCUAGAGAUACUUCUCUUGAACACAAAGAAUGCCAUCCAGUCACUGACGCAAAAGACACUAAUGCGCAAAAAAAUCAAAUUUUUCAAUCUCAGUCAUGUACAAAUAUUAAAGAUUUUUUUGGGGAAAGCGAGAAAAAUAAGUUUCUGUCCCUCCCCUUAAAGAGUGACCUACAUUCAAGAUCGCCUUCGCCUCGUUCAGAAGUAUACGUGAGCGAUCGAAGAACGCCUGACACGCUACGAUUUUCCAGUGACGAGACAAUCUGGCGUAGUCGAAGCCCGUCCCCCGAUCCGGAGCGAUACUGGCGCACUUACCUUAAACUGGCGCGUGAAGGGGAAGUGCGCCGCCUUGCACGACGCUUUGAUUCCCCCUCUGCAGCCGGAGCUGUUUUGCGACGGUACCGAAGCGAUCCAGAAAUUAUUCGGAACGACAUAAAAAAUAUUUGGCCCUUCGGUGAAAGGGCUACGCGUCGUGGAAAAUGUAGAGCCUUAUUGCCAGUGGCACGCAUGCCACUGCGUCCAAACAAUCGUUUCAUGCCACACAUCGAUGUCAUAUCAAAACUUGCCGCUCUUCGCAAGCGUAACACCACAAGAUCUCAUUCAGCAGAAGAAGCCCUAGAAUGCCGACCUGGAGAAGUAGAACGCAUUCGGCGCAGAUUCGAAGCGAUGUCUCUGCUUGGUGAAAUUUAUACAUCCGCUCCGGACGUACGCUAUUUACAUGACAUAGAGUCGUACUUAGCGGGACCGUGGAUUGCUCACAGAUAUCCAAAACCAGAAGAUAAUUAUAGAUCAAUAACUGACACGACUACUCUAGUUCGCGGACGUGCAGUUCCCGAUAAAAAGAAAAAUAUCAAAACACAGAAUAAGGAAUCGGUUAAGAUUAAUUCUAUUCUUAAAAACGAAUCAUUAGCAAAGCAAGCCUUCAACCCCCUGGCUCACCGGCCGGCCAGUCGCUAUGAGCCCCCUCGCACGCCUCCGCGGCCCCCGCCGACGUCGUGGCCCCAUCGUCUAGCGCCCUAUAUCACGCCCACGCGACACACAGUAACAUUUCAAGAGAACGACACCGCACCGGAACCUCCCCGGCGAGCAUCUCGCAGCAGCUUCUCAGAUUCAGAAUCUCCGAGCCGCCGGUAUGUCGAGAGCGACGUCAACAUCCACUACCGCUGCCCGGUGCGUCACGACCCGCUACCACUGGUGCCUGAGCGAGAGCUAGCAAUACAACAGGCCGAGCAUAUGAAGCGACUGUACAGGGAACAACGGCGGAAUAAAUACUUACAGGAAAGUAAUAUACGACAUGCUGACAUAGAUUCUUUCGAUGCGUCUAUCAAGGAGCUACAGGAUAUGCAAAAUCGGCGUCACCAGGACAACUUCAUGCCAUCACAGAAGACAGUCGUGCCGUUGAAUCGCUACGACGAAGCCGACAAGAUUGUCGCAAAAGCGCUGUACACUUUCAAUGGACAGACAACUAGGGAGCUUAGUUUUAGGAAAGGGGACAUUAUAAAUGUUAGAAAACAAAUUGAUUCCAAUUGGUACGAGGGAGAGGUGCACGGGAAAGUUGGACUGUUUCCUUACAAUUACGUUGAGUUACUAAAGGGCGAAGCAGUUCAAACACUAAAAAAACCAGCCGUCGUUGAAGGGAGAGCUAGAGCAAAAUUUGAUUUCAUAGCACAAACAAAUCUCGAACUACCUUUGAAGAAAGGCGAAAUCGUGGUUCUGUCGAGGCGUAUCGACCAUAAUUGGUGGGAAGGCAGAAAUGCCAGCAGAACCGGAAUAUUCCCAGACAGUUAUAUAACGAUAUUGCAAGAGCCUAGCCCGAGUAAACCUGAGUCGCAGCCAAUCACAACUGGCGACAAGCCGGCAGCAUCGCCCGCGGCGCACGGGCUGUUGAACGGCACCGACAAGCGCAGCAUGGGCUCCCACAGCUACACGCCGCAGCCCAACAGUCCCGCGCUGUCCAACGCCCCGCCCGCCACUCAGCCGCUAUCAGGUUACGUGACAAAGUCGUCACAGAGAGCGUCGGCGGCGGAGCGCGGGUACGGGCCGCCGACGGGCGCCGGCGUCGACCUCAACAACACGGAGCCGUUAUACGUUGACACCAACGCUGAGGCUGUGCCAUAUCGCGCAAUGUACAAAUACCGACCACAGAACCCCGACGAGCUGGAACUGAACGAGGGCGACACGGUGUACGUGCUGGAGAAGUGUGACGACGGCUGGUACGUCGGCUCCAGCCAGCGGACCGGGAGAUUCGGCACUUUCCCUGGUAACUACGUGGAACGCAUCUGAUAGCGCCAGACGCUGCUGCGGCGACUCCGCCGCGCCGCGCUGUGCACUCGACGCACAACAUAAACACAACCUUACCUACUGCCUACAUACAAACAAACAAACACUCCCAAGAUCCCGAGAACUAACUUUCUCUCUGUCUAUUUUUCAAAACAAAAUGCAUACAACAAAGUGCUUUGAUUACGAUAUUCCAUCACCUUGGGGUUCCAAUGGUGACCCCGCAUCGAAAAGCGAAGUGUUGGUCGACCCCCUACUAGGUGGACUGUGGACAUCAAUUGUCUACUGCAGGGAGCCGCUGGAUGCUGGCAGCUCGAAACCGUUUUGUUUGGAAGUCCAUGCAAGAAGACAUAUCCAGCAGUGGACAUCCAUCGGCUGAUGAGUCCGUCUCCUUUAUCGUUGAGCUGUAAGUUGAACUAUGCGCAGUAAUACAUUUUCGGAUGUUAGUGAUUGGGACGUAAGCUAAAAAGUGACGCACGUGUAACAUUAUGACGCCAUUACAAUCGCGUUCGAACAAUUAUUUGAUAUUUUAAAGUACCGGUCAACUACGGGUGACGCGAUUUAUAAUUAUGUUUAUAAUUGUACCUGUAUUGCCCAGACAACUGUCAUGUUGGUUCAACUUACUUGCCAGGGUCUAGACCCAUAUAAAGAAAGAAAAGUAGCAUAGGUAUAUUAUCUCGUCUAAAAUGACAACUUACACUCAAGUUUUGUCUCAUUUUCUUCACGGUAUGACUUUUCGAGAAAAAAGAACGGAAGACAAAGUUAGUUCCUAUGGAUACAAUUUAUUGAUUUACACAAAUUAUUUACAAAAAUAUUAUUGUCAAAUUAAUAUAAUAAUUAUGAAACUUUAUCUAAUAUCUAUAUACAGGAUAAAUAGUAUAAAAAUAUGUUUGGUACAGUGCAGGAAAACUUAGCAAGAUAUCUGUAAUGUCAUGCAUGUUUGGUAGAAAUUGGUAGGAAUUGGUCACAUUGAAAGAUUAAUCAAUGUAGCAACUUUACAAUGGACUCGAAAUUUUGAUUGUACUAACAUUUGAACAGUUCACUAGGUAUAUAUAAUUAAUGUUACCAAAUUGUAAACCAUGACUUUUAUAUCCUUUUAUAAAAUAAUUCAUGUUAUAUAAAUAUUAUGGACUAAUACCAUUUAUUAAAUGUGCUAUGGUACAUGUAUUUUUUCCAGCUUUAAUAUACAAUUUUAUUCUUAAAAUUAAUAUAAAGGUAUAUUAAUUUCGUUUGCUUUUGCAUAGAUUGAAAGAAAAAGGGAAAGAAUAUGUGUACCAAUCGACCGAACCAUCCCAAAGUUGUUUUGCGCGCCCAAAGAAUAUGUUAUUGGAUUUUUAUGGUGUUGUAUAAUUGUAUAAAACGUAUAUACCUGUAAAGUCGUUUAUUAGUUAUAGUAAUUUAUUUAAUGUGUAGGAGCUGGGGAUCGGAGCUCUUCUUUUAAAAGUAACUUUUAAAAGUAUGCAGCAAAAAUUACCUGUUUUGGGUAAAUUGGGCAACUAACGUUUUCCUUCGAACGGCAGUCUUUAAAAAUAAACUAUGUACCUACUAAACAAAAACUAUGUAACAUAGCGUAACCUACCAUGACAGUCUUUUUCAAAUUUCUAAUUUAUUAAACAAAAGUCAAACUUUGAAAACUAACUAUAAUUUAAAGCAAAGUUUCGAUAUUUUGUGCAUUGGCAAAAUUAAAAUCAUCCUAAUCAUUACACGCUAACAUAUUUUAAUUUUCAUUAGCCACCGUGUUACCGUAUUAACUUAGAUAUAAAUAUAUAAUGUACAAGUAAAGAAAUACUCAUAACUAUGCAAUGGUUGCAGUGGCGUGCACUUAGAUGUAUAAACGCAAUGCUUACCCUGCGGAUUCAUUAUGUGCCAGUUUUGGAGGAGAAAUUUUCCACUUUGUGUGAUUUGUACCUAAAGCGCAUACCCUAGUUAAAACAUUGUGCACGCCACUGAAUGGUUGGUGUAAAUAGGGCGAGUAAUAUUAUGAGCAACGUUGACAAUACUAUUUUGUAUGCUUAAUUUAAAAUUAGAUGUAUUAAUAAUAGUAAAAUUUAAGUGAAAAAUGCGAUAGAAAUUAAUGUUUGACUUGGCUUAUCAAUGUCUAGUCAUUCUUAUUU